GGGGGCGUGGCUCUAGAACAGAACACGUCAAACGACAUCAAGCGACGUCACGAGGACGGCCGUGCUCAUUUCAGCAGUCAUCAUGGCGUACGCUGCUCUUGUCAAAGAGCAUCCGUACAGCCAUUUGAUUGACACACUGAAUGAUGGUGUUAAAUUUUUCAAUCCACAAAAGUUAAACGACCCAAGAUAUGGAAAACUGCCUCUAUCCAUCCGUGUCUUAUUGGAGGCGGCCAUUCGUAAAUGUGACGGCUUUUACGUGAAAGAGGAGGACGUCCAGAACUAUCUGGACUGGCAGGAGCAGCAGAAUGUUGCUGAGGUGCCGUUCCCUCCCUCCCGGGUCCUUCUCCAGGACUUCACGGGUAUUCCCGCCAUGGUGGAUUUGGCGGCAAUGCGAGAUGCGCUGGUCAAACACGGUGUGGACCCCUACCGUGUCAACCCAGUCUGUCCCACCGACCUCAUAGUGGACCACUCGCUACAGAUCGACUUCAGCAAAUGUGCCAUCCAGAACACACCCAACCCCGGCGGAGGAGAGACCCAGAGCCAGGGCGCGCCUCGCUCCUCCUCCUCCUCCACCCCCGCCCCCGUCUCCUCCGCCCCUGGCAGCGGCCCCAGGCAGCCGCCUCGGGGUGGGGGCGCCCAUUGUGGAGCUGCGAGGGGAUCCUGUGGCAAGGGCAGCUGCAGCGACCCCCCGGCCUCCCCAGGCAAACACCCCCCGGCCGUCCAGCAGAUAGAGAACUCGCCCCUGCUCUGCCCCUUCCACCUGCAGCCCGUCUCUGAACCAGAAACUGCACUGAAGAGCCAAGAGAUGGAGCUGAUCCGCAACAAAGAGAGGCUGCAGUUUUUCAAGUGGUGCUCCAAAGCGUUCCAGAACGUGAACGUGGUCCCGCCGGACGUGGGCGCGGUUCACCAGGUGAACCUGGAGCACCUGUGUCGCGUGGUCCACGUCAGCGACGGGCUGGUGUACCCCGACAGCGUUGUGGGCACCGACUCUCACACCACCAUGAUCAACGGACUGGGAGUACUGGGAUGGGGUGUGGGGGGGAUCGAGGCCGAGGCGGUGAUGCUGGGCCAGCCGGUGGCCCUGACUCUGCCCCAGGUGGUGGGCUGUAAGCUGGAGGGCUCCAUCAACCCUCUGACCACCUCCAUCGACGUGGUCCUUGGCAUCACCAAGCACCUGCGGCAGGCGAACAUCGCCGGGAGGUUUGUGGAGUUCUUUGGCCCAGGGGUGUCGCAGCUCUCGGUCCCCGACCGGACCACCAUCGCAAACAUGUGCCCUGAAUACAACGCCACCGUCAGCUUCUUCCCCAUCGACCAAGUCACACUCAAGCACUUUAACAAGACCAACUUCAGCCAGGAGAAACUUGAACUACUGGAGUCAUACAUGAAGGCUGUGAACCUUUUCAGAACCUACGAGGACUCUGAAGAGGACCCUGUCUAUUCAGAGGUGAUAGAGAUCCAACUGAGCUCCUUUAUCCCCUACGUGAGCGGCCCCAAGAGGCCCCAGGACAGGGUGGCAGUCAGCGACAUGAAGGUGGACUUCCACAGCUGUCUGAAGGAGAAGGUGGGCUUCAAAGGCUUCCACGUGGCCCCCGACCGGCUGCAGACCCAGGUCCCCUUCCAGCACGCGGGCCAGGAGUACCAGCUGGCCCACGGCUCCCUGGUCAUCGCCGCCGUCAUCAGCUGCACCAACAACUGCAACCCGUCCGUGAUGCUGGCUGCAGGUCUGCUGGCGAAGAAGGCGGUGGAGGCGGGGCUUGGCGUCAAGCCUUACAUCAGGACCAGCCUGGCCCCCGGCACCGGAAUGGUGACCCAGUACCUCAACACCAGUGGGGUCCUGCCCUUCCUCAGCCAGCUGGGCUUUGAGGUGAUAGGUUACGGCUGUGCCACCUGUGUGGGCAACACGGCCCCUCUGCCCGAAGGCGUGGCCGAUGCCAUCAAACAGGGGAACCUGGUGGCGUGCGGCGUGCUGUCGGGCAACAGGCACUUUGAAGGGCGCCUGUUUAACUGCGUGAGCGCCAACUACCUGGCCUCGCCCCCCCUAGUGGUGGCAUACGCCAUCGCAGGGACGGUGGACAUCGACUUUGAGAAGGAACCCCUGGGGGUGACCCCCGAGGGGAAGGAGGUGUUCCUUCGUGACGUGUGGCCGUCCAGAGAGGAGGUGCAGCAGAUGGAGGAGGACACGGUGGUCUCCUCCAUCUUCCAGGAGCUCAACAGCAGGAUGGAGAAGGGGAACGCGCUGUGGAGCAACCUGGAGUGCCCGGAGACUGCGGUGUUCCCCUGGGACCAGAAGUCCACCUACAUCCGCCAGCCCGCCUUCUUCCACAAGCUGAGUAAAGAGGUGCAGCCGCCCCGCUCCAUAGAGCACGCCCACGCCCUGCUGUUCCUAGGCAACAAGGUGACCACCGACCACAUCUCCCCGGCCGGCAGCAUCUCCCGGGUCAGCGCCGCGGCCAAGUACCUGUUGAGCAAACGGCUGACGCCCCGGGAGUUCAACUCGUAUGGCGCCCGGCGGGGGAACGACGCGGUGAUGACCAGGGGGACGUUCGCCAGCAUCAAGCUGAUGAACCGCUUCAUCGGGAAGUCGGGCCCCAAGACGCUGCACAUCCCAUCGGGCCAGACGCUGGAUGUGUUCGAGGCAGCAGAGCGCUACCAGAGAGAGGGCAUCCCCCUCAUCAUCCUGGCAGGGAAGGACUACGGCUCGGGGAGCUCCAGGGACUGGGUGGCCAAAGGACCCUGCCUGCUGGGGGUGCGAGCCAUCAUCGCCGAGAGCUUCCAGAAGCUCCACCAGACCCAGCUGCUGGGGAUGGGCAUCCUGCCCCUGAGCUUCCUGCCCGGCCAGACGGCCGACUCCCUGGAGCUCAGUGGGAAGGAGAAGUUCUCCAUCAGCCUGCCCGAGGAGCUGGCUCUGGGCCACGCGCUCACGGUGCAGGUGGACUCUCCUACCAGCGAAGGGAAGUCGUUUGGUGUGACGGCGCUCAUCGACAGCGAGAUGGACCUGAUCUACUACCGUCACGGAGGCCUGUUACCAUACGUUGCUCGGACAAUGAUUUAACACCAACCCCACCCCCCUUUCGCAUGCUCAAAGGGGCCCUCAUCUGGCUGCGUGGGCUCAGUGUGGCCGACAGCCAGGCUCCCUCCAGCAACACAAGAAGAGACACAUGCUGACAAAACCUGCUUCGCAAGGCCAGGCGCAACACGUUUUUAUAACAAUCCUUUGAGUUCUCCCCCCCCCCUCCAAAUAGGUUGGAGUCAAGAAGCGGAAGGUUAGAAACAAAUGACAUCCACUAUCGGUGCUAGUACAACAAAACACACGUCACGGGUCCAUCCAUCCAUCCAAGAAUGCAUGAAUGAAAUAAGACGGUUGCCACAAGGUAUGCGAGCACUUACAAGAGCACACACACACAUGUGGAAAUGUGAAAUCACUUCUUUCUCCCCUUGCUGACAUCUCGGGUCAAUACAGCAGAUGCAAAAAAAACAAAAAACCUUUUUGUUCAUCAUUGCUGACUGGUGUCAAGAAAGGACGGCUUCAGAUCUCGCCGGUACUUCCAAUACCAACCCAGGACCCACCAGUGAUAUGGCUUGGGACAUAUCCUCCCCCUUAGAUAUGUCCUGGUUAUCAGAUGUGUUUGUGUGACGGUCCCUCAACGCACCCUGCGCUGACACAACCAUACCACCACACCUCAGUCCCACAUUUCCUUGAUUUGGAGCCAGUAGACUCUAGACGUCAAUAAGGAACAAAAUGUCCGUAUGCCAAUCCAGGCCAUGAACACAUCAGAGUACAAAUCGGAUUCCGCCCUUUGUGACUUUGUAUGCUGUUGGUUUUUCGCCCCAUGCCAGUGAUUUCUACAGAUUCCAUCAUUGAGGUUUUACCCACACGAUGGAUGUUUCUGCAUGCCCAUAUAGCACCUUAGAAUGGCUGUUUUACCCAUGUGGCUGUCAUCAUUCAAAUCGGUCUUCAUUUCUUCUCCCCAACACAUGCACUUCUUCUGCUUUGCUAGACUGUGGUGAAACCAGAUGGAUGAGCUCCUGUGUUUCAGGUUUAAAUGCAGUGGAGUCGUAGCUACUGAGAGGGCACUGCAUGGCAGAUGGGUUUAGUGAACCCAGCUCCUAUUGCACAACAGCUCUUGGGACUGGAGCACCAAUCUGACAUACCUUUCUGCCAUUCAUCAGGUGUUGCCCCGUUUCAAUACAACUACUUACACCCAUAAACAUGCCCACUCCUUCCCGUUGAGUAAGGAAGAGUUCACAUUCGUUCACGUGUCCAAGCCGUUUGGACAGUAGCCUAGAAGCAGAGCUUUUAAGUAGAUGGCAUUAUGUACCUGUGUAUCCAUCCAAUGCAACAUGUCAGCCUAUUUAGAACCAAGUGGAAAGCAGCAUUUAUGCAUAUAUUAUAACUGAGCAUGUCAUGAAGUUUACUGCUAUUUACUUAAACCUACAUGUGGAUUAUUUCUUUUUUACCAUUAACCGACUUUUUUUUGUCUAAAGUUGUGAAAGCCAGUGUUUGCCUUGACGGACGGCCAAAGCAAGUUGGAGCAAGUAGCAAGUGUUCAUCUGCUACUGAUGUCCACUGCUGCCCCUAACCCCACCACCACCACCCCUAAGUCAGGUGUUCCUGGUGUCCCCUGGGUUCAGGCACAGGGCUGACCUUUUCUAGCUUCAGAAAAAGGGUUCCCGUGUUUUAUUCUUUGGAUUUGCAACUCGAGUGACAAAUAAAGAAGUCUGCCAUCCCAAGUUAA